AAUAAUAAUAAUAAUAAUAAUAAUAAUAAUAAUAAUAAUAAUAACAGUCCCAACACAUCGACUCAUGAUUUCUCUAUUUUACAAGCUGGUGGAAACAGUGGUAUUGGUAAUAGUAGUAGUAUGAUGGGAAGUCCUGAUACACGAUUCUUACGACAUCAACGGCGACAACAACGUUCAGGAUUCCUGGAUGUCUUUGGUUCUCCUACUGCUGAUAGUUCACUUUACGACAAUUCACGCAAUAAUGACGACUCUAUAGUAGCUAAACAUCUUGCUCGUCGAAAUUUACUAAGUGAUCUUUCUAUGCCAAGUGCUGGAUUCAAUUUUCUCCAUCAAAUCAACAACAACAACAAUUCAAGAGAAGAUCGACUACGAAUGUUACGACACGAUGCUCAACAACAACACUUGACUCAAUCAGCUAUCUUUUUUGCUGAAAAGGUCAUGGCAAUGACAAAUGAUACCAAUGACGUUUAUUGUCUAGCUCAAGCUUAUUAUCAAUCUCAACAAUAUGAGCAAGCAUUAGAUUUAUUGAACAAGAAAGAAACUCUCAACAAAAGUGUACAAUGUCGUUAUCUUGCUGGACUAUGUGCUAUGGCAUUAGAACAUUUUCAAGAUGCUCUUGAUUAUUUGGGACAUGAUAAUCCAUUUGUAGAUAAGGACUUUACACACAACGACAAUGUUGAUGGAAGUAUCAAGCUGGAAUCCAUCAUGUGUUAUGCUCGAGGUAAUGCUUAUUUACAGUUGAAGGAAACAAUCAAGGCAAAAAAAUGUUUCAAAGAGGCAUUGACAGUGGAUGUGAAAUGUUAUGAUGCUCUGGAAGCUCUUGUUAGACACAAUAUGUUGGAAGAAAAAGCAGAAUGGGAAUUUAUCAUGACUUUACCAUACGAUACUCAAUGCCAAAACAAUGAUGCUGAUUUUUUCCGUGAUCUUUAUAUGCUUCAACUGAAAAGGUACUCUCACAAAAAUGAUAUUGCCUCUGCACAAUAUAGAACUGAGGUGGAUUAUCGACUAGCCAAUAGUUUGGAUGUUAUGCAAAGUACAGCGGAAACAUUAUUAUCUGCACGAAAAUACGAGGAAUGCCUCAAGAUGUGUGAAAAAAUAAGGAAAAUGGAUGGACUUUACCGAAGGUGUCUCCCUAUCUAUUUGACUUGUUUGUAUGAACUAAGGAUGAAAAGUGAACUUUAUGAAUUAUCUCAAGAAUUGGUUAAUAGACUGAAUGAUGAAGCUGUUACAUGGCAUGCUGUUGGAACAUAUUAUCUUUGUAUCAAUCGAUAUGUAGAAGCCCGACAAUAUUUUAGUCAAUCAACAUCAAUGGAUUCUCAUUUUGAACCUGCUUGGUUUGGACUUGGACAUGGAUUUGCAGCAGAAAAUGAUCAUGAUAAUGCAAUUGAUGCUUAUCUUACAUGUAGUAAGCUGGUACCAGGGUCACAUCUCGCAUAUAUGUACAUCGGUAUUCAACAUAUGGAAUUAGAUGAUAUGGAAAAUGCACUGACGUAUUUAUCGAAAAGUUUGGAAAGAUGUGAUAAUGAUCCAUAUCUAUAUAUUGAAUUUGGGGCUUAUUAUUAUAACGUGGAAAAUUACAAAGAAUCUUUGACUUCAUUAGAAAAGGCACUCACAUUGGCGAAAGAAAAUGGACAAGCUCCAAGUAGUCCAAUUUGGGAAAGCAUAUGGGAAAACAUGGGUCAUACUUAUCGAAAACUAAAAGAAUAUGACCUUGCUCUACGAUGCUUCAAGUCUGCAUUAUCUAUGAACGCACAGAACUCAAACGUCCAUGCUGGUCUAGGGAUGAUAUACCAUAUAUACGGAAAAUACGCAAAAGCAGUAGUAGAAUAUCAAUUGGCACUUCGAAAUAGCUCAUCGCAAGAUCUGGUGAUGAAUCUACUUGAAAAAGCACUAUUGGCAAAUUCCUCUACACUUCCCGUACAUUUACAUACCUUAUCUGAUAAUGAUGUUGAUUUUGGUGAUAUGUCUGCUUUUCGUAUUUAAAUAAAGUAAACUCUUUUUUUUUUUUUUG